AGACGCAAAAGACUUCAAGAGCUGGAGCAUCUUAUCAUAUCCUUGCGGCAAAAGAUCAGUGAGCAAGCGCAAAUAAUCAAGAUGAAAGAGAACUCAGACAAGAAGAUUGUGAACCUGAACAGUGAGAUCACAGCAAUGAAGCAAACCAAGGUGCGGUUAAUCCAGCAGAUGAAGUUCGAAAGCGAGCGUUUCCGGCAGUGGAAAAUCGAACGUGAGCGAGAGUUGUGUCGAUUGCGCACGCAAGACCGCCGCCGCCAGAAUGAACUAAUCCGGUUGGAGAACAAGCACAACAAACAGCAGAUCGUUCUUAAACGGAAGUGCGAACAAGCCACCGCAAUGAACAAGAGGCUCAAGGAAACAUUAGCUCUGCAAAAAUCAGUGCAAGAAAGGAGGAAACAAACUUCUGCCUCUAAUAAAUUCGAAAAGUUACAAGCUUGGAUCACGAACGAGCUAGAUAUCAUCACUGGCACUUUACAGACGGAAAAAACCCUGGAGCAAUUAGUAGAAGAUAAGGCGUCUAUCGAAAAACACUUAGAUUUGCUUAAAGUAAGUUUUUUUAUCUAA